CCAUGGAGUCAUGCUGAGCAGGUAGCAUUACACAGCACACAGCACACAGACAGGCAGCAGCUGGCAGAGCUGAGCUCGGCUCCCACUAAGGUGUGUCCUGUUGCCUUGAGCCAGGUGACGUCACGGAUACCUGAGCCAGGCAGGAAAGGGAGCAGAGCCGGCCAUUAGCCCAGUGCUGAGCAGGCAGAGGGAGAGUGCGGGAGGAGGAGAGCGCUCCGGACAGUGUACCCAGCGGGCGGCGGAGGAGGGAGCUCUAAUCCACGGCCCGGAGAGCGUCCUGGGAGCCCAGGUGGAGGCAGGUAGGAGCGGGGAGGAUGGGUGGUGCUGACUGCAUUUCCUGCCAGGGAGGGAGAGCGCUGUGUUAGCGGGCGGUGUGCUCUCAUACAUUGAUAUCGCUAGGGCGACAGGUAUAGUACUGACUAUAGAUAGUAUGCCCGCCUACCUUAUUGACCAUAGAUAGUAUGCCCACCUACCUUACUGACCAUAGUAUGCCCACCUACCUUACUGACCAUAGUAUGCCCAUAUAUACCUUACUGACCAUAGUAUGCCCAUAUCUACCUUACUGACCAUAGUAUGCCUACCUUACUGACCAUAGUAUGCCUACCUUACUGACCAUAGUAUGCCCAUAUCUACCUUAUUGGCUACAGUAUGCCCAUCUAUCUUACCUACAAUACUAUCCCCAUGGAUACCUUAUUGGUUAAAGUAUGCCCACCUACCUUAAUGGCUACACUCCACCUACUUUACUAAAUGGAUUUACCAGUGUGUCCAUCUCCAAUGUGUGGAUUCUAUACAAGCAUGGAAGGUUGAAAUGCAGUCCUUAUUGAUAACUUUGGGAGUAACUGGACAUUCAAUUGUCCAGUAUAUGUGCUCAACACAUCCAUUUAUCUAUUUAGUAGUUAGUGUACAUUUGCAUAUAUGAAUCUAAAACUACAGCUGCAAGUAUAUGUAUAUAGAUAACAAUAGGUCUCUAGCCACUAGUGUGUUUGUAUAUACAUAACUAGAACACUGUUUGCUUGUAUAUACAUGACGACAACACUCUAGCCACUAUUGUUUGUUCAUAAAUAACUAUAACACUAGCUAUAUGUGUUGGUAUGUAUAAAUUACUAGAACACUUGUCUAGCUGUUGAGUCCUGCUUGUGUGUAAAUAACAAACACUUUCUAGUCACUGGUUUGUGUAUGCGUAACUAUAAAACUCUAGUCACUGGUGUGUGUUUGUGUGUAUGCCUAACUAUAAUCUACUAUCCACUGGGGUUUGUGUAUAUGUAUACCUAACUAUAACACUCUAGAUGCUGGCAUUUGUGUAUGUGUAUACCUAGCUAUAACACUCUAACCACUGGUGUUUACGUAUAUAUUCAUAGGUAUAAUACUAAAAUCUGGUGUUUUGUGUGUGUGUGUGAUGUGUAUUAACAAUAUUGACUGGACAGAUAACUUCUGUGUUUUGUGUAAAACAAACUAAGAACUGCUGGAAUUGUCUUGUAAGCAUGUUUGAUACACCUUUUUGUGGUUCAGUGUUCUUUUGAACCAUGGUUGAUCAUGGACUGUUAUUUAUUUUGCAAAGUGAAUUUUUAAUUUACCUAUGCUGUGACACAUGCUCGCUCUUGUAACCCAGAACACAACACAAUUGUGUGUAUCUAUUUUAACAGAUGUUGCUGAAACACAUUAAACAAUAGGUUAUGACAAACAGCAAACUUUAGAACAGCAGCCAAUUUGGGUGGAAAAAAGUCUAGCAGGUUUGAAUUUAAAGGGCCACUAUAGUGCCAGGAAAACAUACUCGUUUUCCUGGCACUAUAGUGCCCUGAGGGUGUCCCCACCCUCUGGGACCCCCUCCCGCCGGGCUCUGGAUAGAGGAAGGGGUUAAACUUACCUCUUUCUCCAGCGCCGGGAGGGGAGCUCUCCUCCCUCUUCUCCUCCUCUUCGGCUGAAUGCGCAUGCGCGGCAGGAGCCGCACGCGCAUUCAGCCAGUCCAUAGGAAAGCAUUCACAAUGCUUUCCUAUCGAUGCUGGCGUCUUCUCACUGUGAUUAUUAGUGAGAAGCACGCAAGCGCCUCUAGCGGCUGUCAAGAGACAGCCACUAGAGGCUGGAUUAACCCAUUUAUAAACAUAGCAGUUUCUCUGAAACUGCUAUGUUUAUUAAAAAAAAAAGGGGUGGGGUUAACCCUAGCUGGACCUGGCACCCAGACCACUUAAUUAAGCUGAAGUGGUCUGGGUGCCUAUUGUGGUCCUUUAAGAAAACCACUAUUUUGGCUUAAUUAUUAUUGCCAUUAAUAUAGCGCCAACAGAUUCCGUAGCGCUUUACAAUAUAAUUCUGUCAAGCUGGUUCUCCAUUUACCACAGUUGCUGCUUAGUGAAUAGACACCUAUAUUUACUAACUGCUGAAUUGAUAAUACAGAUUUCCAAAGUAGUCAUAAUAAAAAAGUAGAAAGCUGGCUAAUCAAAUAGUCAGCAGAUACAGAGAUAUAAUAAGACUAGGAAUUUGUGAAUUGCUAUCUAAUAAUAAUAAUGAGAGCUAAGACUUCCUGGUUUUCUCUUUCCUCUACUCUGUGUGUGGAAUGCUUUGUGUUCCCCCUAAAUGCAAUAUACGGAGGAACCAUUAUCCAGAGUGGGCCAGGCAGUAUGACCUCCUAUGGCUUGCCUGUGUCCAAUCUUUCCCCCCUGAUGGGCAAAUGACAUCUUAAGCAGAUAUGCAGUGGGUUUAAGCACCCUCUGAUAUAUAGUUUUAACCCAUUAUGGUGUAAGGCCAGUGAUCUGCCAUUCAGCACUGGCAAGUAGAAAUUCACCUUUGGUGAGUAUACUAUGGCAGUUUAGAUAAACCUUUAAGGCAUGGCUAGUAGCAUAGGUGUAUGUAUAGUAUAGUAGCAUGUGUGUGUGUGUGUGUGUAUCUCUAUCUCUCUUCCCCCCACACACAUGGAAAGUGGAAGGUCGUCCUGGGGAAAUUCUCACGUUAGCAAAGUUUGGGUAGUUAACCUUCAAUUCAGAUGUUGAUAAACACAUGUUUUUUUGUUUGUUUGUUUUUUUUUUUUUUUGUUUUUUUUUGUACAGACAUUUAGCAUCCUUCUUUACCACCAAAAUCACCCUGAAUUGAAGUUGCUACUUUAUGGUAAUAGUCAAAUUUGCAUGCGCAUUGCCUCUAGCAAAGCGGGAUUGGAUAUUUAAAUAAGCGUUGAAUAUUUUAACAGAAUUUCUACAGUCAGCUUCUAUUACAUUCGUUAAUCUGUUAUCUUACUUGUUUAAUAUUUAUCAAAGAAUUGCUUUUGUUUUACUUUUAAAAUCACAUUUAUUAUAUCACAAGUAAGAAAUCCUAGCCCACUUUGGAAUAAUAUUUGUAGGAAAGUGAAUAUUCACAGUAUGAGAUGGGUGAGCCCUGCAAUUAUCUUUUUUUAUCUUAUCUACUAGGUAGUCUAGUCUAGUGGUGAAUCUGCUUUGGACCUAAUUUGUGUGUUUUGGACCGUGCAAUUAUCUUUUGCUUCUCCAUUUCAAAGCCUGCUCUGUGUUUGCUAAUUGUGGCUCCCUGUUAGUUCACCAUUUCCUGCAAACACUUUUGCAUGUGCUAUAGUUGCUAUAGUGACACUGAAACAAGGCUAUAUUUCUCCUAUUUUACUGAGAAACUUUCCAGUACAUUUUAAGUUUCUUUUCAUUUUUAAAAUUUAGGAAACAACUGUGCAGAACAUGAGGCUUUUUCAAUACUUUUAUUUUUGUUUUGGCGAUAGCAUUAGCAAAUCUACUUUAUGUAAUACGCAUGCACCCUGUAACAUGUGUGAAAUCCAGGAGCUGUUAUUUUCAGUUAAUUUUUCUCUUUCCACACAGUUGAUAUCAUGUAGAUCUAUAGCGUGUUUCAUGUAUAAGCUGCACAUGUUAUUUUUAGCCACCAUUGUUAUAAAGUGUAAGUCCAGAAUAUGAGAUAUGGAGAGUGCCCACCUAGGAUUAGUUUAUCUUUAGAUUAUCUUUUACUUUUGCAAUUGCAUUUUUAUUUAAUUUUACAAGUAACACAAACAAAAAAAAAAGCUGACCACGGUCCAGUGUCCUGAUUCAACUCUAUGGCAGCACCAGUAUUCUGGAAUCCUUGUUUCCAUAAAGGCUGAAGAAGAGGACACAUAGUGGCCAUUUGCUCUUCUUAAGUACUCUCUUGCCUAUGCACUUGGAAGCAUAAGGGAGAGUGUGCUGGGUAAAUAUGAUUGGUCAUUUUCUUUAAAUCGACUCAAUGGGAAGAGGACAUUUUUAACUCAGGGAAAUGCAUCUGGUUAUCGUAGAUCUGUUUUACUGUAGUUAGUAGAUUCCUUUUCAGGGUGAAGACAUCCCCCUAAAUCAGAUUCACACUUUAAUGGAGAGAAAAAGAUAUCUGAAAAGUAUGACUAGAGGAUAGGAAUCACACCUGACCACCUUAUUGUCCAUCAACAAAAGAGUUCAUAAAGAGAAUUAAUCCCAAUUGGAUAUUUGGUUAGAAAUGUCUUAAAGUGAAAAGCUGAUUAUACAAAGACCGUAGCAUACCUCCUAAGUGUUCCUGUUUAGGAGGGACCAUCCCUAUUUUGGACCCAAAUCCCUUUUGUCUUACUUUCUUCCCUAACGCCCCAAUUUUCUAGAAACUCCAUAUUGUUGGAAUGUCUGAGUGUAUAACAUAGCUGCACAGGAAUAAUACAGUAAUGUGUCUAUAAUUUACAAUACAUGUGUUUUGAAAACAGUCUGUGUUAAUAACAUACAUUGUUCAUAUUCUAAAUUGCAUUUUAGUUGCAUAAAUUGUUGUCAUCUAAAAUUUAUUAGAACAGCACCACUCACAGUUCAGUUCUAUGCGCACAAAUGGGAAGUGCCGAACCAGGGGGAAUAAAAUAUGGGUCUUUACAGUCGCUGACCUGGCCCAUAGUCGGUGGGAAGGAGGCCAGCUUCCACACUCCUCCAGGAAUCCAUGGCAAACUGCUGUGGAAAGCAGUAUUUGUCACAUAUAGUAAUUGUGUUAAAACUGUUUUAUAUUAAAGUUGACUUCUGUUGGUACUGUCUGCUGCUACCUCGAUUAUGUAAGAUUCUGUAUUUUUGUAUUUAGCCAUCUUUAGUCUUUAAAGAUGACUUGCCAUUCACAAAAUGUGUGGAUGAAAAAGCCUUGUUCAGAUAGCGUUACAAAUAUAACCUUUUCAUUGUUCAUGCGAAUUAAGAGAUUAAAAAAGACCUCUAUACUCCCACAUCCUCCAAGCACCCAUCUAUGUUGACUGCUGGACCCCACAAUGCUUCAUGGGGAACUGCUACUUCUUGGGAAUUUACACCAUUGGAAAGCACCUAUAACUUGUGUUAAUUUUAUUUAUUUUUUUUCUGGUGAGAUUUUCGAUUAUUAUUUCAAAUUCUUUUUGAAGAUUUAUAGAAUUUCAUCAUAAGUCAGUCAUAAUUGCAAAAUGAGGUAAAGCCAUGGCACAAAUUGCAAAUGAAGCAAAGAAAUGAAAACAAUGUUUAAUUUCUCCUUCGUAUUCUUCACACUUUACAAAUAUAUAUUUGUUAAAUAUAUAUAAACAUAUAUUAUGAAAAACCUGAGAAGUGAGAGUUCCCCAUUAAUAUGUGGCUGUGUGCAUGGUAGACUUGGGCAUCACCAAAAUGUUUGUUUCUUCCGAACACAUUAAAUAAACAACAAAAAUGAAUUGCAUGGAUUAAAUUUUGUCCAACUAGCAAUUUGUUAGUGUCAUUCAUUGUAAUUUCUAUUCGUCGAUUCAUCUUUCGAAUAAAUUGCAAAAAAUUGUGACGAAAACAUGUUCAAUCGAAAUGAAUGCCCAAGUCUAGUGCGUGGAAUGUGGAACACCAUCUUGUGUGCAUGUAAGCAAAGACAUCUGUCUCUCUUAAAAUACACGUUGAACUAUCAAAAAAUAAUUUUUAAUUUUUUUUUGGUGAAAGUUAUUUUCAUAGUUAAUGUGCAUAGGGAUUUGGUGCAGUGUGCAGGUAUUUAUUUUUUCUUCAAAGUUAACUAAAGGAUUAUUUAAGUGUGCACUGGUAAUAAUAAACUGAAGAUAACAGUGCAAAUUGGGAACAAAGGUGUAAACCUGCAAGCAAUUAUUUGCUUUGUGAUUUUUAUCUGUUAUGUUCAUGGCUAUCUAGGGCAGAUUGACGGGCAUUUGGAUGUUGUAUUGUGUUUUGCAACCAAAAGUCACCUGAUGACCCGGAAGCACCACUAGUGGCUGUUUGGUAGACCACCACUAGAGGUGGAGUUAACCCUGCUAUGUAAUUAUUGCAGUUUCUCCAUAACUACAUUAAUUACCACUGCAGGAUUAAAUGGACAGGGGACAGUCCACCCAGACCACUUCAAUAAGCUGGGUGCCUAUAGUGUCCCUUUACGUGCAAAUAAAGUUUGAUUGCCACCUCUUUUAUCCCUCAAACAACUGCUGUUUUAUGUCUUGAGCACUCGUGCAAUAUCCCACUACACUUAAUUCAGAACUUGUUUGACUGCAUUCCAGGAAGGAUUGAAGCCGUACUGAUGUCAUAGGUUAUCCCAGCUACUUUUAGGUCCUUUAUGUUGCGUGUUUCUUCCAUUAUUUUAUUCUUUUUGCAUAGUUGUUUCUGAAGAUGCAUUUAUAGUAUUUUAUACACCUGGUGUGUGUGUGUGUGUGUGUGUGUGUGUGUGUGUGUUUUUGUUUUGUUUUCUUCCACUUGAGCAACAUUGCAAUGGUUUUGAAAGAACAGGGUUAGGGGGAAUAAAAAAAAAACUAAACUUUGUACUAUUCAGUUAAAAAAAAAGUGUGUGUCUGUCUGUCAAUAUCAUUAAUUUAUUUUUGGUUUUCUAUUUAAGGAGUCUAAGGUGUUUGUAUGACCUGACUGUAUAAAUAUGGUGCAAUAAAAUGAAGAAGAGUCUGGGAGAUGUCACAUUUAACAAUUCUUCAUUUUUGUUUGUGUUUUAAGAUCCUCCAGAUAUAUAGCAUAAUAAAAUGCAUGUUGACAUUGUUCACUUAACAGACCCAGAUACGAAAACAAUUGUUCAAUAUACAUUUUGGUAAAAGUAAAAAUUAUAUAUUUUUGUUAAUCUUUAUUUAACUUCCUUUAAAAGCAGAUAUAUGUCCCUCCUUAAAACCAACCUCAGUGCUGCAGAGACAAUCCAACACAGCUAGUUAGAGCAUAUGAUCGAUAGUACAUAAACUGGAUUAUUAGCUGAGGUAUUUCCAAAAUCAAUCAAGCCACGGUUUGUACCUUCUCUAAAUAUCGGUUUACAUUAUAUCUGGUGAAUUAAGGCAAAGAAAGAGAGAAGUAGAGAGUAUAUAUGAGAUCUUAAAGAAAGCCAUUUAAAUGUCUAGUAGGUCCCAGUUUACCUGCUGCCCCUCCUAUUGUUCCAGCUAAAUUAUAGUUUAUAUAUAAUUUAUUUGGUGGAUUGAUUUGAAUGUUACUGUGUGUAUCCUGGAAUGUUUGAGCUAAAUAUUUGUGUGUUGAUCAAGCUGAAAGUUUUAUAGGGAAGUUGCAUUGUAUGCCACACCCAGUUUUAGCAAUAACUUGAUAUGUGGAAUGGAAUGUACCACUAUUCUAUUUUUGGGUGACCUCAAUUGCUUAUUAAGUAACCACUACAUCAUUGACCAAGAACUAUAUGGAACUAUAUGAUGUAGACAUCCUUGUUAACUGACCGUAGUAUAAACUACCAUAUAACUCUUUUAUAUGAGUAUUUUCCAGGGUUCUUGAAAUCCUUGCUGGUCAAUAUCCAUGUCUCUGUUUCAUUAUGGUUUCUUUGUUACAGAUCAUGGCUCUGCACCCUCGACGCGUUCGGCUAAAGCCAUGGUUGGUUGCACAAGUAGAUAGUGGGAUAUACCCAGGACUUGUGUGGUUGAACAGAGAUGCUAAGAGAUUCCAGAUCCCUUGGAAGCAUGCGACUCGGCAUAGUCCCCAACAGGAGGAAGAGAACACAAUCUUUAAGGUGAGCAAGGGGAUGCUUGUGUACUUUGUGCUAUCUUGUAUACUUCAAUGUAACAAUAGUAAACGUGGCUGAUGUCAGCCCUUUAAUAAGCAACUUCACAAUGUUAAAUGGGAGCUGAUAGUCGGGCGCUUGACCUGACUAUCCGCUCCCCGACUGUGAUCUCCUUACAGAGGUGGAUGUUACACUUCUGUAGCAACCUCCUUUAGCUGCCCAAAGCAAACCUCCAUGACUACAAUAUGGAGGCUUAGUUGCCUGCAUGCCAGCGUCUGAACGUGUCACUUUAUUCUUAUACUCACUAGCCUGAGCUAGAAGCAACGGCUAUGGAAUUACUAUAGCAAUCACAGCGGAUGCGCUGUGGUCGCCAUGGGUGAAGAGCAGAAGUACAUCCUGGGGAGGUGUCUUCUGCGCACUCUGUCAAAUAGUUCUUCAGCAUAGUCUAUGUCAAAGAAAUGAUUGACGGGAGAAAAGGUGGGGUUUUGUCUCAAUAUAUGUUUGCUCGCAGAACUGCUAGCACAAUGUAUAGAUUUAACUUUAUGCUCUUUCCAAUGACACAGAAUAAUUAGCUUGGUGUAUUUAUCAAAGUGAGAGGUAUAAAUUUUUCUGCCUAUUUGUAAGGUAACGUGAGCUGUUACAAGGGAGUAGUUGAAUUCUCAUAUUUGUGGUGUUUACUCAGACAUCAUUUAUUGUUUGCCCUUAGUAUAUUUAUCACAUUUUACUCUGUAACAAAAGCUAGUGGGACAAAGGGUAAUUGAUAACAAUUGCAUGACAAAAACCAUGAUUUAUAUGUAUUUUAUCAUUCUAUUGUUGCCAAAAAGCUCAAAAUUUGAAGCAAUGCUGUAUAGAUGGUUUUCUUGUACUAAAUUGAAAAAUUAUUCUGAAAGACUUGCAAUGCAUUUUUUUGUAAUUUUGAAUUUAUUUAUUAAAGUAGACAAAAGUUCACUCCUUUUCAGGGAAUACCCCACCUCAAUACCUUGAUCCCUUGCAGAUUUGCGAUACAGUAGGCACUGGCAUUAACUAUGUUCUUUGGAGGCAUUGCCAAGUAAUCCUACAUUACAUUCAGAUUUUUAAAUGCACAAAAUGCUCUAAUCUCUCUGCAACUUAGGUGACCAACCUGUCCUGCAUUUUGGUCCUUGCUUGCAUAUUAACCUACUUGUUGCAUAGCUCUAGAUCAUACAUUUAAUUGUUUUCUGUCAUUGUAUUAUUCCUAAAGAUGGCUGAAUUUCACUUGUCAUCAAAAACCGUGACUGCGUUAACACUGACAGAAGGGUUACCAAAGUGCAAUUUCAAAGUGUAUUUCAAAUUUAAGGCCAGAGAAGCUGAAAUGAAAACAUGGCUGACUUAGACAGAUUUUCCUGUUUGUCUAUUUUGACUUUAAAUUUGAAAUUCACUUUGAAUUCUCACUUCAGUGAAUAACCCUACAAAAAAUGUUUUUUAUCACAUCCAUUAUACCCAGUUUAGGAAUAUUACAACAUUUCCAUAGCUUGCUACUGUGGCCUUUUGUGCUUUCAUUUUAAAUAGAUUUAUAAAAUGUAUUAUUUUUUAAUUGCUGCUUGUCGGUUGUGUAGUGUUUUGGUUCUUUGGAAAUCUUAUGUGUUUUUAUUUUUGUGCAGGCCUGGGCAGUGGAGACCGGUAAAUAUCAAGAAGGUUCUGAUGAUCCAGACCCAGCAAAAUGGAAAGCCCAGCUGCGUUGUGCGCUUAAUAAAAGUCGAGAGUUUAAACUAAUGUAUGAUGGGACUAAGGAGGUUCCAAUGAAUCCCAUAAAAAUAUAUGAAGUCUGUGAUAUACCCCAGUCUCAAGGGUCCAUUGUUAACCCAGGUGAGCACACACACAAUAGUUUUUAAGUUGCUUUGCAUUGGGCUGGUUUUACAUGUGAUUGGGGAUGUUUGGUAAGGUAUUUGUAAAUAAAGUGUGUGCCAAGUGUAUGUCAGGGUAGUUAGGACAUGUACAUGUUUAUCUCUUGCUAUUAGUAGAUGUGAAUCAAAGAGUUCUACUGGUUUCACUAGUUAUUUGCUUUGUACAUUUCUAACUUAAUGCGUCUGUUUUUUAAUAUUCGUGUUAUAAACCUUUUAUAUUUAUUUUUUAAAAAGGCAUAUGGGUGUCCAAUUGACCUCCAUAUUACCAUACGAAGGAACAAUUACUAUUUUAUUCUUCCAUCUGAAAUGGUAUGCCAAAGGUUGCCUACACCUGCCCUAGGAAGUGAGAUGGUUUUAGCACUAACCAGGAGGGGUCCUAGUAAUGGUUUCUCCCCACAAUAGGCAUCGAGGAUUGGGGCUAAAGUGACACUUGGGGACAUGCCAUUGUUGUCCCCAAUGGCCCCUUACCUCUUACCACCUUAAUGGAAGAUGAGUGGUGACUAUUAAUUCAUACAAUAUGGGAACAUGACCGGGCCAAACACCCAGUUGGGUGAUAUUAAAUAAUAGGAGAGGAUAUGAUAUUGCCAGCCCAGUAUUUAGGCACUUAAGGGAGAACACCCAUUAAAGUUUUGAUUACAGAUACUUUAUGUGCAGAUUUAAUGGUGGUAUUGCAAAACGCAGCCCCCUUCAUGCAUGGUACAUGGGAGGGACAUGCUUUUAGUGGGGGUAUAUUAAUAUGAUUAGAGGGCGGUGGAUAUGCCAUGACUGCCGAAUGACAAAUAGUUUCUAUUCUUACGAUACUGGUCAGAUAUUUUUUAUUUAUUAUUUUUUAUAUAUUAAUCCUGGUAUGUUUAGAUCUGAAUUAUAAACUUCAGUCAGACUAAAAUAUGGACCAGAUUCUUGCUCCUUUAGAUCCUUGCUUAUUUAACAUUUUGUGAACAAUGUCUGUAUUGGAUUUUGUAGUUGAACUUUUGUGAAUAAUCUUCCACAAUGUGUGAAAAGCAUUUAUUUAUUUAUUUAUUUAUUUAUUGCGGCUUAAUUGACACAUCUGUAUGAUUUGAGGAGGGGCGUAUAAUUAAUUAAACCCUUUACAAUGUCUGGACAGAUUGCAAAGGUAUUGAUGUAGUUUCGAAAAUCCCAAUCCGUUUUGAAAUUAUUUUAAAAUAGAAUGAGUUGUGGACAUUCUGUCCCUGCUUGUAAAAGAAACAUUUUGUAAUGAAAGCUGACAGAUGUGAAUGAUCUUUAGCAAGGUACAGGAUAAGUUUAUAUUCCCCAACUUCUGCAAUCACAUUGCAGGAACAGGUGUCCAUGCAAGCUGCCUCUAUACUAAUCCCCUUAAAGGACUGGGAACAAAAACAAAUUAGCUUUCAGAUGCUUACUGAUUUCAAGGAGUCAUUCUAGGUAAAACAGACUUGAAGAGUCACAUCGAAGGAAAACCACAAAUUUCAAUUUUAUCCACGUACAAAGUAAACAACGCCGAAGUGUCGGCUUUGUGUGCUACUGUAGAAAUUCGUAUAAUUGGAAACAAAUUUUGCCUGAUUUUGUGAAUUUGUUUUCCUGUUUUCUAUGACUUAAAGCCAUAUUUUCACGUAUCACAGAAUCACAAUGCCAGAGCACCUUAGUUACAUAGUUCUGUGGUAGCUGGUAGCUUUCCUAUGAUUUUUGUUAAGUGUAAUAAUUCUUGUAGCAUCAAAAAAGUUGCAAAUCACAGGGACUAUAAUAACAUUGAUUAUAUUGUUACAAUGGCACCCGCCAAGGGGUAGGAUAUAUUAAGCAGUAAGUGAACAGUCAGUUCUUAAAUUUCAUGUGUUUGAAGCAGAAAAAAUGGGCAGUCGAAAAGAUCAGUGACUUCGACUUUUGACAUGCACACUAUUUCAAUCUUUAUUAUUUUCGUUAAUGUUCACAUGUAUUCUUUUUUUCUUUCUCGCAUGCCUCAGCUAUAUGGAUUUGUUUUAAUUUCAGAUGAUCACUCUAACUCCCUUUUUAUCCCCCUUCUGUGGCAGGUUCCACUGGGUCUCUUUGGGAUGACGAUGAAUAUGACGAGGAAGAGAUGCCUCAGUCUCAACAUAAUGUACCCAUCCAAGAGCCUUUCAACUGUUUAAACAUUAAUGGUCAGUAUAUUCAUGUACACAAUUGUCUAUUUACUGUACUUUACUGAUGCCAGUGCACCAUAUAUUCUGCAGUAUACACUUGGUGACAUGAUGAUCCUAUCUGAAUACACUAACCUUCUAAAUAUAUGUUGUAAGCUGCCAAUUACUCCAGCUUUCUAUCUUAAUCUGCUGUAUUGUUACUUCCCAUACGUGCACACUGUUUGAAAUCUCUUCUACUGAUGUUAAAGUAGCACUUUAACCCGUGGAAAAUUGAAUCUUUGUGAAAUGCUAAUUAUGAUUGUGUUUGGAAUUUCACUGAAAUUCCAACCCAGUCACGAGCUAUACUGAGACAAGGUAAGGACUACUUUGUCUCUGUAUCUUUCUUCCCUCUAGACUCUGGGUGGAGCUAUAGUGUCAACCCUGACAGCAGAAAUCAGUGAUGGCUGCAGGGAAUUGGCUCUGUCUAUGGAGGAUCCAGCUUCUCACGGGAUCCUCCAAAGACCUCAAUGCUGUACUCUCUCGCAUGCUGUUCAGAACAGCAAACCGAAUUCCUAUAUCACAAUGUUCUGGACAAAACAAAGGAGCAGAACCCUAAUAAAUUCAAGAAGAUUAUCCAGGCCUGUAAAUUAUUUUAUUUUUCUAUGUAAAGUAACAUUUAAACGCCAUUCGAAUGAUAUCCUGAAACUCCAAUUAAAACCUGGAAACUGCCCACUUACUUGCCGUAAUUAACUGGCAGGUGUACUAUACAUUUCAACUUUACCUAACUUUAAGAAUAAUUCACAGGUAAACUGGCAGUAAGCUUUUUAAAGAGACACUAUAGGCACCAAAACUAUAACUUAACAAAGCAGUUUUGGUGUAUAGGUCAUGCCCCUGCGGUCUCACUGCUCAAUUUUCUGCCAUUUAGACGUUUAAUCACUGUUUUAUGCAGCUUUAGUCACACCUCCCUGCAUGUGACUUACACAGCCUUAUUAAACACUUCCAGUAAAGAAUCAUCUAAUUUUACACUUUAUUUUAAAUUCUGUUUAAUUUAGAAUUUCUUAUCUCCUGUGCUAUUAAUAGCUUGCAAUUUUACAUAGCAGGAGAUAAAAACUUUUAAAGUAAGUUACAUCAGAUUUGAAAAUGAAACUAUUUUGUUUUCAUGCAGGCUGUGUCAGUCACAGCCAUGGUAGGCGUGGCUAGGGCUGCACUUACAGAAACAAAAGUGAUCUAACUCCUAAAUGGCAGUGAAUUGGGUAGUGAAACUGCAGGGGCAUGAUCUGUAAAAUCACCAAAAUAGCUUAAUUAAACUAAAUUUUGUUUUUGUUUGUUUGUUUUUUGUUUUUAUGACUAUAGUGUCAUUUUCCAUUGCAAGCCAUGUGACUUUAUUUUUUCUUGUUUACUAAACAUAAUCUGUAUUAUUUUUACAAGGCCAAAUUAAAGAAUUUAAACAGAGCAUACUGGUCCUGAAAAGUGUGUCUCUACAAAUGUGAAUUGAACAUAGGUUGUGGGUUGCAAAUAUUUUUUUCUACAGAGAUGGGUGCAGUCUAGGUAAACUGUUUGAAUUAUUAUUUUUAAUAACCUAAUUAUGUUAAUGUUUUCCUCUGUAUGAUGUAUGACGCUAGUUUCUAAGGUUGUCUUUAAGAAUUCAUCCCUUUACAGUACAAAGAGACCUUUGUUUAAACUCAGUUGUAGAACAUGAUGCAUAUUUUUAAAGUGUAGUAAUGCUGGCCAUCCAGUCUGCCAGGGUUAUGGAAUGAGACUUGUGCUUCAAAUAUGUGAACUCUUGUAUGUAUACCUUAUUCAUACUACAGAAACCUGGAGGCUUGCAUAUAAAACUGUUUUUGCAUUUAAAGAAAGGGGAAAAAAAAAACAAAUAUGAUAGAAAAAUAACUACUUCCUUCCUAGAAUACAGUUUCAAAUGAAAAAUAUAUAAAAAAAAAAAACCAAAACACUAUCCGUUAUACAAAAUAAUAAUUGCACGUGUUACCAACACGUAUCAGGUCAGCUAAAGAAAAUGUAUCUAAAUAAAGUGAAUACAAAAUAUCUAGUAGGAGAGCGUGUCUGUAAAGCCAGGAUAGAGUCAAUCUCUGCUACUAAUGUAUCUCCUACUCGUAACUAAUAGAUACAGGAUUGGAAAAUAGAAGAGAAGUAGAAAAAAAAUUAUUAAAUAGUGCUAAAGUGCAGAACCAUACUUGGAAUGUUGGUUACCUGCACAUAGUGUAAAGUGCCCAGUGUCAGAGUGUGAGUGAAAGACAGAAAACCCGACGCGUGUUUCAGUGCUUAGAGCAUGCACCUUCGUCAGGGGUUAGAAUUAUGUUUCCAAACGGUCUUAUUUUUAUAUCCUAUGGUUGUACUUUCAUAACUAUUAAUGAACCAAUCAGAAGUGCAUACCUAUCCGUUAUUUUCGCGCCAAGGGAGAGUGGGCGUUUUAGUUAGUUCAUUGAGAUUCAAACGAACCAAUCAGAGCUGAUGCAAUCAGCAGCUCUUACGAUUAACCCCUUCCUAUGCGUGAUUGUAAAACCGCAAUACUACUAGAUAUUUUGUAUUCACUUUAUUUAGAUACAUUUUCUUUAGUUGACCUGAUACGCGUUGGUAACACGAGCAAUUAUUAUUUUGUAUAACGGAUAGUGAGACCUUAAGGUUCAAAUGGUCUUCUACUGUUAUUAUACAGUUGUCUGGUUGCCUUUAACAUUUAAGGUCACUUUAUUAGAGAUUUGGAAUGCCCUCCAUGACUUCACUAGUUUAGAUCUACAUUGACUAUGCAGACUGUGACAUAUCGAGUUAUUAAUAAAGUCAGGAGUCUGAGGGUCUUUGACACGGCGGAUCAAUGAGAGGUUUAGCCGAAAGGCUUAGUUACUAUCACUUCACUUUGGAUGUUUCUAGGGUCUGGGAUAAGUAGGCAAUUUUGUAACAUUAUUAUGGUUAACACCAUAUGCUCACAGAUCGUACAUUCAUAAUUCAAUUCCAGUUUAAACCCAAAACACAGGAAUACUUCCGGUGUUUUGGGUUUUUUUUUCUUCUAUUUUUUUUUUUCUGUUAAGGGGUUAAGCCCCAGGACAUUUACUGGAGUGUCUAUCAAGGUGUCUUUUGGAUCCCUUGGGUGGUUGGUUCUCCCGUAUUUUGGGUUGAACCCCCACCUAAGGUCUCUAACAUUUUGUUUCAACAGUUUCAAAUGACUAUAUGGAAAUAUUUCUUUUUCUUAUAUUGAAAGAUAAUUAUGGUGACAGAUAAGAACUAGUGAAUCUAUUCCUACCUAACUUCUAUAAAUACAUACUUCUUCCUUAGUACAACAUUCUUUCUUUUUAUAGGUAUUUCACAUAUGUGCUUCCACUGAGUUUUAAAUGUUUUAGUAUAACAAAAAAACUUUUUCCCAGAUAGUAUGUAAAUAAAGACCAUAUUGUUUUAGCUUGCCUGUGAAAAUUAAGAAUUUGGAAAAUUGUUACUUAUUAUAGUUUAUUUAAAGGUAACUAUCCCAUCUUCUCCAAUGCAAAUUUUCAAUUGCUUUUAGAUUGUGAACUCAUUUGAGCAGGGCCCUCUGCAGCUCUUGUCUUUUUCAACACCACUUUGUAUGUCUGUACUUGUUUAAUAUCCCCAGUGAAUUAUUGUAAAGCACUGCAGAAUGUUUGUUCUAUAUAAAUGAUAAAUGGGCUUGAUCUGGCACAUUUUAAAGAGUUUGUCAAAUGAGCUCGUUUCAAGUAUAGAUCAAUAUUCUAAAUUCCUGAUUUUUACUCCUUAAUAAUAUUACCAUGAAGGAUAACCAGGUCACCUUAAAGGAACACCAUAGUGUAUGAAUUCCUGAUACUGCGGGGCAUGGAGAUGCUGAACGUCAGUAGCACUGGAUUAGGAAGCACUUCAAGAGGCCUUCUGAGUGACUGCCACUAGAGGUAUUCCUAGGCAGUAAAGUAAACACUGCCUUUUUACAGAUAAGGCAGUGUUUACCUUAAAAAGCCUGCAGGGACAGGAAGUAGACACCAGAACAACUACAUUAAGUUGAAGUUGUCCCUUUAAUGUUGGACAGUCCAGUCAGGCUUACAGUCACACUAAAUUUCCCUUUGCAGACCGACCUACACCAUUUGUGGUUUGUCCUGUGUUUGUGAUAACUGAGCUGGUCAGUACUAAAAACACACAAACUGGGAUAUCCAGGAGACCAAACCUUGCAGUAGAAAUUAACUAUAUUGAAAUAUAGCUCUUGUGGAAGAGUGGGAUGGAUCUGCUAAUAUUCAGAUAACGUCUGAGCGAUAUAUCUGGAAGUAGAAUAACUUUUACCAUAUUCUACCCUCUCUUUAAAUUGAAAACUGCACAACAAGGAUGCAUUGUUCGAGUCCUCGGCUGGUUAAUAGUUUCUUUAAAAUGUUUAUAUUUAUCACUUUCAGCUAAUUCUCCUAUGGGUCCUUCCAGUGUGGGCAGCUGCACCCCUGAACAGACGUGGCCAAAAUCUGAACCAUUGGACAUGGAGGUACCUCCAGCUCCUGGCCCUGCAGAGUUUUUUAGCUCUCCUGAGUUGUGGAUAAAUUCUCUACCAAGUGAGUAUUCCGAUUUACUUAGUAGGAAUUUGUUUUAAUUUACCUUAUUUGUUUUAUGAAUAGGGGUGUCUGGUCAGGUGUACUUUUUGUUUCCGUUCUAUUUACUACUUGCCAACAAGCAUGGAACCUAUAAGAAAGUUUAGAGAGCACAGUUUGUCUCUAGGACAAAGUCAUAAGAAUUAACACCUUUCCUGACUGGUAACCGUUUUGUUCUAUUGCUUAACAUACUAAUAUAAUUGGCCCCUUUCUCUCUCAAAAAACAAAAAAGCCACUCACUUGUGACUGCAUAUACUUAACAUUGGACAAACUAUAAAUAUUUACAAUAUAAAUAAUUACUUUUCCUUUGGUUGGUAAACCGGGGUCAAAACCUACUUUGUGGCAUUUUCUGCUAAUACUGUAUAUUUGUACUGUACCUAAUUUAUGGUAUGUAGCUAUGUAUUUUUUUGAAUAUUUUGCAGUUUGAAUCCAGUCUAAUUAUUUAAUGCUGUUUUCUUUUCAGUGACAGACUUGGAUAUCCAGUUUCUGUACAGAGGAAAAGAGGUGGGCCAGACUAUGACUGUUAGCAAUCCUCAAGGCUGUAGACUUUUCUAUGGUGAUCUUGGACCAAUGCCCAACCAGGAAGAGCUAUUUGGACCAAUUAGCCUUGAGCAGGUCCGGUUCCCUGGUACAGAGCAGAUAGUGAACGAAAAACAGAAGAUUUUCACGGGCCGCCUCUUGGAUGUCAUGGACAGAGGUCUUAUACUAGAAGUCAGUGGGCAUGCCAUCUAUGCAGUUAGACUUUGCCAAUGCAAAGUUUAUUGGAGUGGACCCUGCGCUCCUUCUCCAAACAUGCCAAAUCUUAUUGAGAGGCAGAAGAGAGUUAAGCUCUUCUGUUUGGAGACAUUCUUGAGUGGUGAGUGUUCAGUUCUACAAUAUUAUUUGUGAAGUGUAUGUGAAAUUUUAUUAUUUAAGGCUAUAUGAACCUACUUGAUAAUUCACGUGCAGGUGUAUUCUGGAAUACAAAUAUUGGCAAUUUUACUAAUCUCAUUCAUUACUAGUAUCCAUUUAUGGUGUUACCAUCCACCUGUAUUUUACAGUUUUUCUCCAAACAAAUUGUCAUUAUUAAUAAUGUACUUCAGAGGUAAUAUCCAUUGUCAGCUAGCUGAAAGGCAGGGUGAGAGGAAUAAGGUGAAAGUCUAGGUGAUGGUGGUAUUGCCUACACUCUAUUAGGUAUAAUGGGACACUGAGGGCACCAAUACAACUUUAAUGCAUUUAAUAGGCCUUAUUGAUAAUGUGUAUUUGCAUGUGCAAAUCCUUAGAUUUUUUUUUUUUCAUAAAAUAAAUGUUUUGCAGAAGACUGCACCAUAAGCCAGCCUCUUUAGCCACAACACUUCAUACUAGAAAGACUUCCUAAUCAAAUGUAUGUACACACAGUUUCAGCCACUGUCAGUACUGAAUGAUCUGGACUACAACACAACCUGCAUUAGAAGCAGAGGGGCACAUAACAUAUGGAUAUCUCUACCAGUUUAUAGUUUCUCUGAUUGUCUGCAGUCAAUUUGUAAAUUAAAAGCAGCUCACUCAGUGCUGUUGGGACAGAGACUGUGUGCAUACAUAUGAUAACUAAAUCUUAGUUUUGUAGUGAGAAGGUGUUGCUAAGGAGGCAGUCAUUCUGCAAAUCAUUUUUUUUAAUACCUUUUUUUGCAAAAACUAUAAAGAUUUGAGCAUGUAAAAAUAAAGCAUAUUAAUGAGACCAAAAUCAAUCAAAUGCAUUAAAGUUGUCCCUUGAAACAUGUGUUCAUCAUAAUUGUGACUGCAUAAACAUUGCAACCAUAUAGCACAAAAGGGCUACAUUUCACACAUUUAACCAUAUCCCUGUAAUCUUUUGUACAGUAUGUCGCGAUCAUAUGAAGUGCAUGGACCUUAAAUUAGAUGUUAGACUUCAGCCAAGAUCUUGUCUGUUUCAAUGCUCUCUGAAUUUGAAAACUGUAUGGAAACCACUCCAGACAUGCAAAGUGUGGUACAAAUAGACAAGGACACGCAUCUUCAUAGAAGGGGGUUAUACACAAACAUUCUGUCAUUAAAAGGCACUCUGUGUUGUGUUUUUGUUUGUUUCAGAACUCCUUAAUCACCAAAAGGGUGGUCCCAUCAAACAGCCAGCCUAUGAAAUCAACUUGUGCUUUGGUGAAGAGUGGCCAGAUGGCAAACCCAGGGAGAGAAAGCUGAUAAUUGUACAGGUGUGUAUCAUAGAAUUAACUAAACAUUAAUCACAAGUAUAUUAGCAGAACACCAAGACCAGAAUUGGCAUGAUUGCUGUUUUCUUUUAACCAGUCUAAAAAAAACAAAAAAAAAACAUACAAACUAAAGUGAAAUCUGUCAGAUUGCUGAUUAUUUUGAUGCUGGAAGACUAAAAUAAACCUAUAGUUCCCCAUUAAACUUUUUUUUUAAUUUUUUUUAUUUUUUAUAAACUAUUAAAAAAGAAAUCCCUACACUAAACACGUUUAUUUUUCCACAAUAAGUUCAAGCCAUUUUUCUAGUUUAGGCACUGCUCUGUCCAAAGAAAGUUAGUCAGUGUAUAAAUUCAGUGUACACAUUGCUAUUAUGGCAGUUGAUGUUGGCGGUAAAGAACGCUGAAUAAUACAAUAUAUUUACCCCACAUUUGCAUUUUUGUUGCACAGUAAGAUAGUUGAUGGUAAGGCUUCAUAUACUAAUAUAUCAAGCUGUCCUGCAAAAUGCUGGUAUCUAUAGCACAGAUUAUCACCAUGUUCUAAGGAUAAUGCUCCAGAGCAUUCAUGUUUGGAUUGGAUUGAUGGCUCAUGUCUGAAAGUAAAUGUGAACAAUCCAAAACGAGUAGGGAUAAACCGGUGUCAGGCAUAUGCUUAAUUGCUGCAUUGUAUGCCCUUGAAGCUAAUAAAUGAGUUGUCUUAAAUGUAGCCAAUACUCGUAUACUCAAUAUAAGAGAUUGAGACAUUUUUUUUCAAGGUAAUUUGAAAAACAAAUCACAUCAAUUUACAUUGUUUUUUUUUUUCACUUCCUAGAUCAUUCCAGUGGUUGCUCGUAUGAUUCUUGAGAUGUUUUCGGGAGAUACUAUGCGCUCCUUUGACAGCGGCAGUGUGCGACUGCAAAUUUCAGUACCUGACAUCAAAGACAACAUUGUCACACAUCUAAAGCAGCUCUAUCGCCUUCUACAGAAUCACCAAGGACCAGAGGGAUGGCCUUUACUGCAGCAACAAAACAUGCACAUGGCCCCAGCUUUACAGGCCCAGUGAGCAGUGCUGAUGGCUUAGAUUUGGAAUGUUUGUCUAAAAUAAACAAGGAUUCCAAGUAGUAUAACUUUCAAUCAAUUCCUAAGCAGAAGCUGUGAUCUGCUUAAAGUCCUGUCCUAUAGGUGACAUUUUAGAAGAUGAAGUCCUUUUCAAAUAUGGAAAAAUUUUUGUCUGCUUUUGGAAGAUGAAAGUAUGGAACUGUUUGAGUAGUUAAAUCUGGAUAUGCUGAAAUCUGUUUAUGGAGAGAUGUUAUUCUCAUCUUCAAUUUCUUUCCCUUAUGUCUUUAUUCAUGAUGACCAAUUUUCUUUUUUAGUUUGUUUUUGUUUUUAAUAAGCAUUGCCGUUUAUCAUUAAGUGCCUAGAAAGAGCUGGCUUUUCUGUGGCCUAUGCAAUAAUAAUUAAGACCCACAUUUUUUACUCCUCCUACAUAGCUAUUUAUUUUUUAAUACAGCAAAAACACUGUAUAUAUCAUUCUACAAUGAAAUCAGAGGGGUUGGGGACUAUUCCCAAAUAAAAUAAUCAGAGUUGUUAAAUACAUUUUGGCCUACAUGAGUUCUGGUCUUCAUUAUGCAUGUAACAUUUCUACAUUUCAAAAACAGUGUAUAUAUAUAUAUAUAUAAAGUAAAAAAAGUGCAAUCAUGUAUUUUUUAUUUUUUUUUGCCCUUUAUUUUAUUCUGAUACUCAAUAGAUUGUUGUUUCUCACGUUUACAUAUGUAUAUCUUGACAAUAAGCAACCAUUUAAUAGAAAAUAGGAAAAAUCUGAUCUAAUUUAAACACAAUGAUUUUUAUUUAUUUUUUCCCACAUGUGUUGUGCAAGUGCAGGAAUAGGUUUAAACCAAUGAUUCUUAAC